AGAGAGAGAGAGAGAGAUUCUUUUAUGUUACUUGUGUUGGUAUUUGUUGGUGCUUGGCUCUCUUGAAUUCUCAGAUUUCAUUCUUGUGUGCUCAGUGAUUUCUUCAUACCAAAAUGUGCAUUGUACGUACGAGCUUACAAUUUUAUUGAGUGGUAGUUUGUUGCUACUGCUGCAAUGGCGGACAACGUUGACAACGAUAACAGUACCAAUAAUCCACUUGCUUCGCAUAACAAUUCGCCAGCCAAAUCAAUUGAUGACGGCAAUCAGCAGAGGAAUGAACGGACAAUUAAAUCAAAUACAAAUUCAAACGGAGAAAAUCACACAAAAAAUAAUCAUAGUGCGACACAGACUACGACGACAACGACAAUAGUGAACAAUCAAAACAUAUCAUCAUCAUCACCAUCAUCGACAAAAACAUCACCAUCACCAAGCACAAAACCUAGGCAAAUGUCCAAUACGACAACAGCUACGAGUGGUCCACGCGUCGUUACCAUUUAUAAAACCGAAACGGGCUUUGGAUUUAAUGUGCGCGGUCAAAUAUCGGAAGGUGGCCAAUUGCGUUCAAUCAAUGGCCAAUUGUAUGCACCAUUACAGCAUGUAUCCGCCUGUUUGGACAAUGGCGCCGCUGAAAAAGCUGGCAUCAAGAAGGGCGAUCGCAUUCUUGAAGUGUAAGUGUCCACAUAAUUAUCGAAUUUUCCAGAUAUUCCACAUCACCCAGCCAAUUUGAAUGUUACUAUUGCUACUGUGGUUGUUGUUGCUGCCGCUGUUACUGCUGUGAAUUAUUGCGUCGACAAAAUGUUAAUUAUAUCAUAUGUGAUGGGUGCCACGGUUCGAAUGAGAGAUAAGUGAACAGAAAAAAUUAAUGUUUGAAACGACACCAAACACAGUCAGAGAGCAAUAUCAAUUAAAUUCCAACGAAUUGGAAAUGGGUGUCAAUGAAUAGUGAACAUUGUUUGUAUGGUGUCGGGAGCGUGGCUGACUCAUACAACCGAUGUGUGAGAAAUUGAAAUUUUAUCGAUAGCUUUUUUUCUGUUAGCAUAAUUUUUUUGCGGUUUGCUUCGAAACUGUUCCAAUUUUUUGUUGUUACUUUCGUGAUAAGUCGAACAGUGUGAGUGUAUGUAUAUGGAAAAAAACGCGAGACAAGUAAAGCAAACAAAAAAUCGAUUUUUAACCUACAAAAAAGUACGUCAAAGAACUUGAAAUGAUAUAAACAAAAAUAUGGAUACAUUUUUUUCCUACUCCAGUGCUUAGCAAAUCGAAAGCAAUGCAGUUUAUUUUACCUUUUUUCUGCGUUAAAGUGAUUACAUCAAAGCUUGUGCUGUUCGGUUUAUUUAUAUUGGCAAUGUUCGUUGUUGUUGCUCUUGUUUUUUUCUUCUUCUGUGAAUUUUCUUUUGCAAUUAGUGUAAAUUGAAUGGUGCUUUGUGCGUUGCAGCAAAAGCAACAACAACAGAUUUGCCUUAAUCUCGACGCUGAACGAAAUCAAUCGUUAAAGACAGAAACCAGUUUGAAUGUGCGCGCAAGAGUUGCAGUGAUUGCAUACCUACAUGCAUUUAUAUAGUGAAUAUCUGGGCGAGCGAGAUAGAGUGAGACACACAGAGAGAGAGAGAGAGCAAGCAAGAGAAUCAACUGCACAGUGGCCAUUUAGCUGCUGUGGCAUGGCAACAAUCCGACCAGCUUGCAUACAUAACGAAUUUGAAAUAGGAAGCACAUCAGCCCAUAUAAUAUCCCUCUCUGGUAUUAUGGGACAAUUAAACCGUGUUCUCACUGUCAAAAUCACAACUGUGUGAUUUGACGUCUACAACGUAUUUAGCUGUCUCCUAACGGCUGUUCGCACCUUAAUUAUGAUAAUUGAUUACUAAUAUCAGCCAGGCAAUAAACAAUCUGGCAUCAAGUCUGUAAACUCAAUUGAAUCCUAUAUAUUCUGCAUAAAUUUCUUCGUCGCAACGCAUGAGCGAAUACGGAUACCGUGUUUAAUGCUUUUAAAGUGGCACCCAAUCAAAUGAAGUUGAUCAUGUAGAAAAAUGAAAAGAGCCAUUCAAAAUUUCAAAAGAAAACAAACCAUCAACUAAACUGUUAAGUAGGAGUUCUGUUUCGCUCUUGUUUGAAACUUGCUGACGUUGAACAAAAAUACAAAUGAUCAGAUGACAAAUAUGAAGGCAUAUACUACAUCCAUUAAUUAAUAAGAGUCGACUGUCAAGUACAUGUCAUAAACUAUUCGCUUUUCUACGCUACUGAACACACAUUGGACGCGGGCUGUGUUGUGUGCGCGUCGACCGUGUACUGCGCGAAUGCUCCAUCAUAAUUUUCAAAACUUGCGAUACGUCGCCGAUAAUUGGAAAGCAAUGACAAAAAACUGGGUGAAUGAAUGUAUACAAUCGCUUUCGAAAAGUUGAUUGAAUGGCAAACAUUGUUGCUCACAACUGGACAAUUUAACUUAUCAAAUGCAUUCGUUAGAAAUGUUUGAACGGCGAAGAAUGAAAAAAAAAAUAGAGAAACAAUUAAUCAAGUCCGGCGUAUGGCACACUCUGCUCAUACACACACACACCUUUACCAUACGCAUUCUUACAUCGUUGCAUUUCGAGAAAAGUUUCCCUUCGAUUUCUAAUUUAAAACGCAUUAACGCAAUUGACCGGUUUAUUCUUGCGAUUAAUUUUACGAAUCUCUAUCUGGUACUAUGGACGAAUUUCGCAAGCCUCACAUUUUUCAUCGUCGAAAAUCAACAAAAUGAGACUAUAAUUAGCUUCGUUCUUAUCUGGAAUCCAUAAAUCAAAUCGUAAUUUUUUGCUUUCACUUAUCCGAUUAGAGAAUGCUAUGCAUUUUGAUUUCUAUCGUUAUCAGUUCGAAGAACAAUUGUUUGAAGAACCUAUUUAAUGUGCCAUUUUGCCGUAGUCGAUGUGCAUUGUGUUAAUAGCACACAAAGUCAAAGAGUACACAGAUUAAAACCAGAAACCAACUAAAGGAUUCUUUGAAUUUAGAACCACAAUUCCGUUGAAAACAUUGUAAAUAUUUGGAUAGCUUCGUUCAAUUGCAAUUAUGAAUUGGUUGCUCGGAAAUCGCCGUCGUAGGAACCAUGUAAAUGUUGAAGGAGCGACUCACAAACAAGUUGUUGACCUGAUCAAAAGCGGUGGAGAUUGCCUUACGCUAACUGUUAUAUCCGUUACACAACAGGAAGCCGAAAAACUGGAGCCACAAGAUGAUCCGGGCGGGUACUCAUACAUCGAUUACUCUGAAAAACGUUCACUACCCAUUAGCAUACCCGAUUAUAAUACGGUGAAUCGAAGCGGUGAAAAAUACAUAACAUUCAAUAUACAUAUGGCUGGUCGGCAGUUAUGUUCGCGGCGUUACAGAGAAUUCGCCAAUUUGCAUGCAUCACUGAAAAAGGAGUUUACCGGAUUUAAUUUUCCGAAAUUGCCGGGCAAAUGGCCGUUUCAAUUAAGCGAACAACAAUUAGAUGCCCGCCGACGUGGACUUGAGCAAUAUUUGGAGAAAGUAUGCGCCGUACGUGUGAUCGCCGAAAGUGACAGCAUGCAAGAAUUCUUAACCGAUUCGGAAGAUGACCUCGCAUCGUCACCGGUUGACAUUAAAAUCAUGCUACCCGAUCACGAAGUGGUCACCGUUUCCGUACGCAAAUCGGCUAACGCCCAACAAGUCUGGGAUCUGCUGGUGCAACGAGCUAAACUCACAUCAUACACACAACAAUAUUUCUAUUUAUUUGAAAUUGUUGAAUAUAAUUUCGAACGGAAACUUCAACCGAACGAAGUUCCACACCAGUUAUAUGUCCAAAAUUAUAGCACCGCAUCGAGUACUUGCUUAUGCGUUCGACGAUGGCUGUUUUCAAUUGAUCGUGAAACAACGUUACCACACGGCGAGCAAGCGGCAAAAUUCAUAUUUUAUCAGGCCGUUGAAGAAGUCAAUCGGAAUAAUAUUCGAGCCGAGGGGCGUUUAUAUGAAUUAAAAGCAUUGCAAGAUGCGAAAAAAGCAUCGGAAUACUUGGCAUUAGCUCGCACAUUGCCCGGAUAUGGCGAUGUCGUCUUUCCGCAUUGUGCAUGUGAUAGUCGCAAAGAAGGACAUGUUAUACCGGCUGUAGGAAUGAAAAGUUUUCGGUUGAUUGCAUGUCGAGAGGAUGGUACGUUAGAGUCACAAACGGUUGAGUUAAUGUGGAAUACAAUUCUACGAUGGGAGAGCGAUGAAGAGUCCAUGGCAUUUUGUUUUGAAUAUAGUCGCAAUGAAAAACCACCUCGAUGGGUUAAAGUCUUAACGCCAUAUCACGCUUAUUUAGCUGAUUGCUUCGAUAGAAUAAUUGAGGAACGCAAAUGGAACGAUUGCGGUGACUAAAUGAAAAUGGUCGAUGAGCAGAAAAAAUUGGUGUGAUGAGAAAGAGGGAAAAUUAAAUUCGCAUUAGCCGAUCUUCAGACUUGUGUUAGUUAAAAAAUACUUUUUGCUUCUAAAAUUCAAAACGUAUUUAUGUUUAAAGUGAAAAAUUGCAACCAAUAACGAUAUUACAUGUUACAAAGUAAUUUUAAAUUGAAAAUAAUCUCUCUAAAUGAAAAUUUUAUUUGUACCUAUUCACAGAAAAGAUAUUCGACUGAAAGUUGAUGAAAAUUUGAUUUGAUUAUUGUUUAUUGCAAAAAAAAACCUGUUUUUAAGGGAAAUAAUCGGAAUCUAUGAAGAAAAAUUUGUUGAAAAUAUGUUUUUAAAUUAGCCUGGAGCUAAAAACUUUGGAUGUGCUUAAAAUUGAAUAUUUUGAAACUCAUUUAUUGAUGCAUGUAUUUGUGAUUUAUAAUUUUACUGGUGACACAAUCUAAACAAAUUCGUUUUCAUUUUUUUUCUCAACCGAAAGCUUGACACAUGAACUCUUCAAAUUGCAUCUUCAUGGAAAAUCCACAAGUUUUAUAUAGAAAUUAUGUAUAAUAAGUGUGUGAUUGGAGACAAAUCAAUAUAUGCCAUAACGAAUGAAAUAGAAAAUAGUAUAGCACUCAUCAUGAAAAGCGGAAAAACCAUUUGAAAAAUCUUCGAUUUUCCUUCUUUUUUUUUCCUUUAAAGCGAAAAAAAAGAAUAUUUAAACUCUAGACUCUGUUCCGAAGUAAAUGUAAAUAUGUUGUUUGUUUUUUUUAACUUCAAAUUUGGAUUGAAUGAGAGGGGAAUAUAUUUUAAUUUCAACAUGUGACACGUCCAUAGAGCUAAAUGGUUUUUUGUUUAAAAAAUGCAAAGCAAAUAAAAGUGACAUGUAAUAUUCAAACAUGAUAUAUCAAA